AUGGAGGGCGGGCCUCAUGGUAUGUAUCAGGGUUCCAUCAUCUUCGUGUCAGUCAAAAGCAUUCGCUGGUUAGUAGCCGAGGGCCGGGCAGAUGAGGCCUUCGAGGUCCUCGUCAAGAUCCGUCAGAGAACUAGGAACGAUCCCGAGAUUCUGGCAGAAUUUCAGCAGAUCAAGCAGACAAUCGAACUUGGGCGUCAAUUGAGUCAACGAGACUCCUGGAAAUCUCUUGUGUCUCCUGAGAUCCUCAAGUACACCCAAAGAGCCCGCGGCGUUGGUGUUGGUCAGGCCCUUGGCUACCUCGUUGGGGCAGGCUUGAGUUAUGCUAUCCCGCUCGCUAUCCAAAACCUCUCAUGGAGAUACUACAUCCUCAACUGUCUUUGGAAUGCGCCCAUUUUUGUCGUCAUAUGGUGGCUCUACCCUGAGACAAAGGGUAAAACUCUGGAGGAGAUCGACUCCAUCUUCGACGGUUCAGCUGCGAAGUCCUCGUUACAAGUCAUUGAGGGCCUACCAGAUCCUUUCAUCGAAGGUGGUCAUCACGAAGUAAAAUUGAAAGAGCUCAAGGAUUCUCAGGUUGGAACUUCGGCACAGUGA